UGGAAAAAUGAAUUUGUCAGCUGGGACCCUUUGGACUUUUGUAACAUUACCGAUAUCAGUCUUCCUGUGAACCUUUUCUGGACUCCUCACAUUUUCAUAGAUGAACAGGCAGAUGAAGAUAAGCACACAGUUAGCCAUUUUAUUUACCUAUCCUUUGAUGGCUACAUUGUUUUAUUUCAAGCACAUCAACUCACUUCCGCCUGCAACCUGGAUGUCCACACAUUUCCUUUUGAUGAGCAAAAGUGCAACAUAACUAUGGUGCCAUCAUUAUAUAGAGAAAAUGAAGUAAAGUUGAAAAACACUAAAACUUUCAAAAACACAAACCAAGACAGUCGCAAACGUUAUUUAGCCGAUGGAGAAUGGAAGUUUCAGAAAGUGGAGAUCAUGGAGGUGACCGAAAUUGAAGCUGACGGAAAAUACAGUACAGUCAUCUAUCAGAUUUCUAUGAAGAGGAGAUCCAUUCUUUAUGAAUUAAUGGUGAUUCUGCCAAUGUUUAUUCUCUUCUUGCUGGAUAUGGCUAUUUCUUAUGCUUUUGCCUCUCCUGCAGAAAAAAUUGCCUACAAAGUGACCAUGAUCUUGCAGGUCUCAUUUUUGUCUGUGAUGCUUAUUGACAAGUUACCACCCACAUCAGAUUAUCCACCAGUAAUAGCAAUGUUUUUUAUCGGAAUCUUUGCAUUUAUGGUCCUUGGCAUCCUAGAGAAUGCCUGCAUGGAAUAUUGCAGGGAGCAGAAUUUCAAGUUACCAUCCUUCAAGAACUUUACAAGAAAAUUCUUGCGAAAGGAAAAAAUAAAAGCAGAGGACUCUAUCUCCGAUGUAGGAGAAGAGAUAGACAUGGAGAACAAACAAACAAGGGAAUUUCCCUUGGUGGAAAAUGACAACGCAGACAGCCUUGUGUUUCUGAAACAGGUGACCCUGGAGCUGCAACAGAUCAAGAAGCACCUGGCUCUGGAAGAAGGCAAGGAGGUUUCUGGCCCUGCCCUACAGGACAAAUAUGUCCGGUUGGAGAAGUGCCUUUGUUAUACCCGCUUGAUCUUAUCCCUUGGUUUUAUAGCCUUCAUUGUGGUGCAGUGGACAAGCUGAAUUUGUUUGUAGCCUGGAACCAGCUUGCUAUAUUUUAAUGGCCCCAGGUCAUGGAAUGUAUGUAGGCAACACUAUUGGGCUAAUUCCUCCAUCACAUUAUAACAAACAGCAUCCAGUCUGUGUUCAUAUCACACGUAGGCUACUGUAUUUUUAAAAAUGAGCUUUCAAGCUUCUACUCCUGAAAUUGAAAUAUGCCUUGCUAUAUGUGACACUUAGCUGCAUUUUCAACAUUUUACUGCCUGCAUCAGUAUAUGCUCCCAAUCCAGGGUGAGGGAAAGUGCUAGCCCAGCAAUGCUUUAAAAAUUGAAAUCGGUCUAAUCUGUAGAUUCUGUU